UCGACAAAAGACCACCUUUUUUACUACCAUCUAAAAGCCUCAGUCAGUCAUUCAGUGAAUGAAGGAAAGUAAAAGUGACCCAGCGAAGAGCACCAUCGUAACGUAAUAAUAUCGAGAGUGACCAGAAAAAGCGCGCGUCCAGUCGUUGGCUUCGCGCGACGUCUCAAUUGUCUCACCCUAAUCAUGAGAUAAAACUUCUUUCAAACUCCUUGUUUUAUUUAACAAACUAUCUCAUACAUUUCUGUCACAAUGAAGACUUUGAAACUGUUCCUUGUCGUCGUUAUUUGUGCAUUUCUAAUCGGUUCGGUGUCAUCGAAAAAUGACUGUCCGGCAAGCAAGAGAUCGAACUCUAAAUUGAUCUGUUAUUAUGGUGGUUUGGAGCAGAUCGAUGGGUGCUAUUGUACUCACGUUAUUUUGCCAUCCAAUGCCGAUGUUAAGGGUAUAGAAAAAGUUAGAGAAGAGGCUAGAGGGGUGAAGAUAUACGUGACUGUCAAUGAAUUUAAUCAGGGGCUGAUAAAUUUGUUGAAAGACACCAAAGUUGAUGGAUUGGAGAUCGACUUGAAGAAACUCGACUCGAAGAAUGACAUAUCGGACUUCAUUUCCACUGUCAAAACGAGAAUUGGCUCCGAUUUGAGCAUCGCACUAUCGAUACCCUCGAAAGCUGAUUUGGUCGCUAAAUACUUCGACUUCAAAGCUUUGAGCAAACAUGCCGAUCUUUUCAUACUUCAAACAGGCUUUCUGGGUGCCUCCACCAAUGUUACCUUCCAUCCAAGUCGUUUGUCGGGCAUGUGGGACAUGCAAAACACGGAUUCUGUGGUGGAUUUAGUUAGCGGUCUGGGAGCACCUCUGUCAAAACUGGUAAUAACAGCACCUGUCCAAGCUUUCCAGUUUAAAUUGCAGAGCGAAGAAUACACAGCUCCUGGAAGUCCUGCUUUGGAGCUUGCUUCGAUAACUAGAGACGAACUAUGUAGAUUAAUGAAAGGAGGUAAAAACUGGACUUUGGAACGCGAUGAAGAUCAAGCCGGUCCCUAUAUAUUCAGCAAAGAUCAAUGGAUUGCUUUCGAAGAUACAAAAUCAAUUGAUAUCAAAGCGAAAUAUUCUAGAAUUCGAGGAUUAGCGGGUAUAGCACUGAAAGAUUUAGGCCAAGACGGAGGUUCAAAAUGCGGUACAACUAUACUAGAGGACGCAUAUAAUGGUUUAUCUAGACAAGCAAGGGCACCAAGAGGAGCGGUACUACAUUCGCUGGAACGUGAAUAUUUGGAAAGUCCAUCGAGACCUUUAGAUUCUGUGCAAUUGUCACCUUUUAGUAUAUCUAGAGUUAUUGACACUGAAGGCAAAAUCCACGUUGUUAGACAGGACAGCCGAACCGAAUUCAAGUGUUCAAGACAAGGAUAUUUCGUGCAUCCUCGAUCUUGUAACCGAUUUUAUAGAUGUGUCAAAUUUAAUCAGCAAACAGAGGACUACAACGUGUUUGAGUUUGACUGUCCAGCAGGUUUAGCUUUUGAUGAGCGUGUUGAAGUUUGCGUAUGGCCUGGUAGCUUACCACAUGGCACACCUUGUUCAGGAAGUAGUGAAAUUGCACCAGUGCCUAGAGAAAGAUUUGUAUGUCCGACAGAACCAGGAUACUAUCCUGAUCCAGAAAACUGUCGAUGGUUCUUUGCCUGUCUGGAUCAUGGAAAAUCUCCAUUAUCUGCUUACGAAUUUAGAUGUCCCUUUGGUCUGGUAUUCGAUGGCGACCGUCUGGUUUGCGAAUGGCCAUGGCUUGUUCCUAGGUGUGCUCAAGGACUUGGUGUUGCUCUAGACACAGCAUAUCAAUAUGGAUCUCCAGGAUACUCAGGAUAUUCUCGCAAAGGAGGAAUACCUGCAAGCGUUGUUCUUCAGAAUUACAAUGGUCUAGGAUCACUUGGCACUGUUAAAUUGGGUGGUUUGUCAGGAACUAUUGAAAGACCUAUUUCUACCGUGUACAGUAAUGCAGACGGUGCAGUUUUUGGUUCAGGCUAUAAAAACGAUGGAGGCUAUAUUACUGGAGGAGGCCUCAAUUUCAAGGCUUUCCAGUCACUACAAAAUGCCGGUCUUUUGAAAUUGAACAACGGAGCGGAGUAUGGAUUUAAAGGACAAUCCGCAGGCUUUGGUAACGCUUACUCUGCUGGCGUAUCUGGUAGUCAAGAUUCAGCUAAUGCGAAUCAACAAGGGGGAGGUGUUUAUUAUAUUGGAGCCAAUGCCAACAAUCAAUAUCAUGGCGCAGGUGCUUAUGGAUCAGCUUAUUCUGGUGAGAAUGGAGCUCAGAGUUAUGCACAGUAUCAUGGAACUGCUGAAGGAGGACAAUCCGUAGCUGGAUUAUACAACCAAGCUAAUAGUGACUCUUCUGCCUAUUACAAUCAAUAUGGCAGUGGACAGUAUUCAGGCGAUUACCGUGAUUCCACGUACGGAGCUGAUUAUUCUGGAAAUGCUAAUGGAAAAUUGUCCCAAAAUUUCAAAUAUCAAAAUAAUUAUAAUAACCAAGAAAAUCAAGCAUAUUCCAGUUCUGGAACAGGCAGUCAAAGCAAUGCUUACGUUGUACAAGGAAAAUUAACAGGAGACUUUGGAAGUAAUGCCAAUCAAGGUGGAUUAGUCAGUAACGGAGUAGGGAUUACAAAUAACGGUUAUGCUUAUAAUUCUGAAAACCAAGGAACAGCAGGAUACACAGGUGCUGGAGUUUCAGGAGCAGCUUACGCGUCGCAGGGAGUACAUGCUGGGUUAGAUCUUAGUAGCAAUAAUCAAGGAUAUGUUUCUGUACAACAAGGAAAUGGAGGUGCUCAUAGCGGAGAUUACCUAAUAGGAGGAACACAUCACGCUAAUGCAGCUGACGGAAAUGGUGCAAACGGCGCAAUUUCGAGUCAGAGUUUUAUUCAAUACCACGGUAACCAAGGAGGACAAGGAAAUAUUUACACUUCAGGAGGUAGCGAAGGAAAUAUUUACACCUCAGGAGCUGGUGAAGGGAAGAUUUAUACAUCAGGAGCUAGUGAAGGCAAGAUUUACACUUCAGGAGCCAGUGAAGGAAAGAUUUACACAUCAGGGGCUAGGGAGGGACAGAUUUACACUUCGGGGGCUAGCGAAGGGAAUAUUUACAAUUUAGGGGCUGGUGAGGGUAAGAUUUAUACAUCGGGAGCUAAUGAAGGCAAGAUUUACACUUCAGGAGCAGGUCAGGGAAAGAUUUAUACUUCAGGGGCUAGUGCAGGAAAUAUUUAUACUUCUGGGGCAAGCGAAGGAAAAAUUUACACUUCAGGUGGUGGUGAGGGAAAGAUUUCUACUUCAGGAGCUAGUGCUGGAAAUAUUUAUACCUCUGGGGCUAGUGAAGGAAUAAUUUACACUUCAGGAGCUAGCGAAGGAAAGAUUUACACUUCAGGGGCUAGUGAAGGCAAGAUUUACACUUCUGGAUCAAGCGAUGGAAAUAUUUACAUUUCUGAUACCGGUAAAAAUAGCCAAUACAGCGAGAAUGAUGGAUAUAAUAGUGGAAUUGCUGGUAAUAUAAAUAUUGUGGGAGGUGGAUACUCAGCAGUGGGAGCACACUCAGGAGUUUAUGUUAGUAACAAUGGUGAGUCAAAUGAUGUUAAAACCGUUUCAUUCAGUAGCACACCAGCUCCUGUUACUGUUACUACUUUCUCGUCUACUCCUAUCAUCUCUUCUAUUCCCACAGUCACUUCAGUUCCUGUACCUGGAAUUAAAACCAAUGUUGGCUUUGAAACAUUUAAAGGUGGAGUUAUUGCCAAUGUUCCUGAACUGCAAUACAAAGUUCAUUCCCAAAGCGACCUAGGGCUGUUUAAUAUUUCAUCAGGUUUCGCUAAUGUAGUCGUAACUACACCAUCGGCAGUACCUACCAUCCAACAAUCUUAUUCUAACAAUGGCGGAUAUGUAUAUAAUAAACCAAUAAAUACCUUUGAGGAAGGCCCUGUUAAUACAGUCCAAAUAUCCACAGCAAGACCAUUUGUAGCUGUUAGCACGGAAGAACCUAAAGUAUAUAUUUCGAGUACAUUUAGACCAACAGUACAGGUUCAUGGUACUGAACAAAACCUAAAUUACAAUCAGCAGGGGGUAACUUACUCUACAUAUAAACCGAAACCACAUAUUCUGGAAACAUAUUCGACAGUAUCCACAGUUAAACCUGCAAUUCUGGUAGAACAACCCCAAUAUAUUGUGUCUUCUACUCCGGUUGUUCCUACAGUUUCAACUUAUAAAUACAAUGAAGAAACCAAGCAAAACAGUGGCUACGUUUAUAACAAGCCCUCCAUUGUGUUUGAGGAAGGUCCCAAACGUCCAGCAGUGACGUCUAAAUAUACUAACACGUAUACCUAUCAGCAGCCGACAUUUGUGUCACAAUACGAGUAUAAGCAACCCAAUAUUCAACCAGCAAUUUAUAAACAACCAACAUCUCUUUAUACUUAUAAAAAUGUAUUACAACAGGCUGCUGGCAUUUCUACACAAUCGCAACAAAAUUAUUCUUAUGCAAAUACUGGCGGACAUAGCUACCAGUAUAUUAAAUUUGAUAACCAAAAAUCUAUUAAACUUCCAGAACAAGGUUAUGCUUAUCCUAAACCAUCUAUUACCUUUGAAGAACAACCACGAUCAAUUGGAAUUACUAACUACCAUUACUCUACUCCUGGUGUAGUUAGUUCUACACCUCAACCAAUAGAUAUUGGUUAUGACUAUGCUAAACCAACGAUUAAAUUUGAAAAGGAGGAAGUGGUUUCAGUCCAACCUGCUGUAGUCAACUCCUAUUAUCAUAUCGGUACUUCAACACCAAAACAAGAAUUAUAUAUAAAACAAGAAAAUAAUGUUGGUUAUAGUUAUCCCAAGCCCACAAUUAAAUUUGAAGAGAACCCAGUAACUUAUGUAACACAGAAGCCAAUUCAGUCUGUAACUGCUAAGAGUUAUUUCAACAUAAAGAGCUCAACAAUUCAACCAGAUAUAUUAGUAAAAGAAGUUAGGACUGGAUAUAGUUAUCCAAAACCAUCUAUUAAAUUUGAAGAAACUCCUAUAAUUUACUCAACUCCUAAACCAGUCGUGAUAGCUUCUCAACCUGCUGUUGUAACGAGUUAUUAUAAUACUGGACCUUCGACUCCUGCUCCAGAAAUAUAUAAUAAAAAUGAAAAUAUAGGUUAUGUUUAUCCAAAACCUGAAAUUAAAUUUGAAGAAACUCCCGUUGUCUAUUCUACUCCAAAAACAUUGGUUCAACCUGUUCAGCCGGCAGUUGUUAGUAGUUACUUCAAUAUAAAACAGUCGACUUCUGCAAAUAAUGGUUAUGCUCAAGAAAAAAAUGUAGGAUAUGUAUAUCAAAAACCAGGAAUUAAAUUUGAGGAAGUACCUGUGACUUAUUCAACGCCAAAACCAGCAAUAGAUGUACAACCGUCACAACCAACAUUAAUUACUAGCUAUUAUAACAGUGAAAGUUCAAGUGCAUCCCAAGAAAAGUAUGAUAAGCAUGAGAGUUAUGGCUAUACAUAUUCUAAUCCCGAAAUCAAAUUUGAAGAAAGACCUGUAGUUUAUUCAACACCAAAACCUGCUGUAGUGGUCCAACCUGCCCAGCCAGCAAUUGUUACCAGUUACUUUAAUACUGGAAGUUCUACUCCUGCGCCUGAACUCCAGUUCGAAAAAGAAAAUGUGGGAUAUACUUAUCCAAAACCAGUAGUUAAAUUUGAAGAAACUCCUGUGGUAUAUUCGACACCAAAACCAGCCGUGUUGGUUCAACCUGCUCAACCAGCAGUGGUCACUAGUUACUUUAGCACUGGAACUUCUACACCGGCGCCAGAGUUAUAUGUUAAAAAAGAAAAAGUGGGUUACAAUUACCCAAAACCUGCAGUUAAAUUUGAAGAAACUCCUGUUUUCUAUUCAACCCCUAAACCACCGGUAGUAUAUUCUACUCCUAAAGCAACUGUUAUUUCUAGUUACAAUUAUAUCAGUUCAACGACACCUCAACCUAACAUCGUUGUGCACGAUGAUGAACCAGUUAAUUAUAAUUAUCUACCACCUGUUCCAAAGCCUAUUCAGGUAGAACAAAAACCUGCUGUUGUAACUAGUUACUUCAAUAUCAAACAAAGCAAAUCAUCUAAUGGAUACAAUUAUCCAAGGCCUGCAGUGAGCUUUAAAGAAGAACCACAAAACUUUAUAACUGAAUAUGAAAAUAAAGUGCCAGUUCAAGAAGUUCCCUUUGUGAAGAAAACUGCUUAUGUUACUGGAGACUACAAAGAGAACUACCAGUAUUCUGAAAAUCCGUAUGAAAAUAAACAAACAGAAUUUGGCGAAAAAAUUAGAUACUAUCAGCCAGAAGUGACUGCAAACUAUGUUCCAUCUACUCCAAAACCUACAUUUUCCUCAGUAAUACGAACAAUCUCUAAAAAGAAGUACAGACCAGUUUCACCAGCUAUCGUAACUUCGUACGACAGCAGAUACAGCUCUACACCUGAAUCAUAUAUUUCUUCAACUGUAGCACCAGAAGUAAAAGUAUAUGAUAGUACAAGUAGAUAUGGAUCUAAGUUCUCAUUUUUGUCAAUGGAUACAGACUAUCAAUAUAAUCAAUACGCCGAUCUAGUUAAAUCUACUACUUCAGAACCUAGUCGUAUUUAUCUUCCUGUGACAUCUACUGUAAGAGUCACAACACCAAUACCUCAAAUCACUAAAUCUAAAGUGGUUGAAGCUUUUGUAGCUCCAGAGGUUACUACGAUUGCUAGAGAGUAUUUACCUGUGAGGAUAAGAACAAAAGCUCCAGCUAGGGAAUAUUUACCAGUCGAGGUAACAUCACCGUCUAGAGAAUACUUCCCAGUCAGACAAAGAGUAAAGGUAACCAGUACUACCUCAGUACCUCAGUUUACCACCGUAUCGAAAGAAUACCUUCCUGCUAAAAGUCGAGUGAAGAUUUCUACUCCGGCUCCUGUUUAUGUGCCCAAAACCAUAAUAAAACAAAGCGAUGCCCAUCCAUUGUUAUCAUCAAAACUGGGUGCACAGUGCACGUGUGUUUCUAAUACAUUGAAACUGCGUAAAAAUCAACGAAUUGUUAUUGUUGAUGAUGAUGAAGGUGACGAUGAUGACGGAUAUAUUGUUGACGACAAUAAUCAAAGAAGAAUAGUUGAAAGUUAUAGCGCAAAUCCUGAGGCUGUUGUUGAAAUUACUCCGACACCUGAAAUUUAUAGUUCUACGACGUCAUUAGCACCUAAAGGAUAUGCAAUUAGGAAAAGGAUUAAGGUUCGUCCUUAUAAUCCAGUAACUGAGGUGUCGGAAAUAUUUAUAAAGAAGAAUACUAGUCCUGUGGAAGAUACACCUUCGGAUAAGGAAAUCGUAAAGGCGGUUAGAACUGGUUUGAAGCUUGUGAAGCAAGCUGCAAAGGAAGGCGCUAAAGAAGGUACGCAAGAAGCCUUAUCUGGAAAACUCGAUCGGUACGGCUCAGGAGGGGUUAGAAGUAGAUCAGAAACUCUACAAGGUACCAUCGACUGUCAAAGAGCAGGCUUAUUCAGGCAUCCCACCGAAUGCAACAAAUUCUACGCUUGUAGAUGGGAUUGUACGAAGAACAGAUUCACUCUUCACGUAUUUAAUUGUCCCGUUCAAUUGACAUUUGACAACACGCUGGGUGCUUGUAACUGGCCUAGUCAAGGACCUGCAUGCGUUGAAAAUACUCUGAUUACCAGUGAUUAGUCAUUCGUCAUAUAAAACAUCAUUUAGACAAGAAAAUUAUUAGUCAUCCCAAUCCUCCAUUUAGAUACUCGCAAGAUCAUACUCACUAAUUUUUAUUUAUUACAUUGUCAUAUAUUCUAGGUAGUUAUAAGCUUUUCGAUUCCGUUAAUUUCUUCGUUGUUAGUGCGCAUGCCAUAUUAUUAUUUGUUACUCUAAGUGUAAUUUUUUGUACAUUAUUUUAUUAUAAUUUAAGAAAGAAAUAUUUGUAAAAAGUAUGCGUGUGUAAAAAUUAUAUGUAAGUAAGCGCAAUAAA